AUGGGGCUGACCGUGGUUGUGAGACCCGGCCCCAAGCCCCCCGGGGAGGAGCAGCUGCUGCUGAAGCGGGUGGCCGACAUCCUCAUCAACCUGUACGGCAUGACGGCCGUGCUGUCGCGUGCCAGCCGCUCAGUCCGUGUCGGGCUGCGGAACCACGACCACGAGGUUCUGUUGGCCAACAUCUUCUGUAGGGAAGCGUACUUCCAGAAUCUCUUCAACCUGUCUCAGCUGGACAAGUAUGCUCCAGAAAACUUGGAUGAGCAGAGUAAGAAAGUUGCCCAGCAGGUCCUCGAGAAGCGAGCCUACGUCUGUGCCCACCCUCUGGACAGGACGACCUGAGCAGGGGACAGUGCUCCCUACAACCACCUGCCGCAGGCAUUGGAUAACUGACUCUUCAGAAGAUGGAGAACUCGGGGUUCUUGCAAGUUCCCAGAUUACCACCAGAGGUCUUUCUCCUCCCUGAGGGAACCUCUAGGUUUGGACCUGCAGGCCCUGCUGUCUGAGUGCUCACAGCUGCUGAAUGGAGAAGACACGGAGCUGCUGAGGAAACACCAGUGCGGGCAGCUCGAGCUGGGGCCCCCAUGGUGUGCCCGGCAGGGAGAGCUGCUUCUACCAGCCCACACCUUCUCUAAGAAACAGCUCGAAGUGCCGUGUACAGGUCUGUCAUUUAAACAAGACACAAAACACAUAAGACCUGUACCAGGACCCAUUGAAUGAAGAAGAAUGCAGAUGUCAUGGUGUGCGUGCACUUCUGGCCUUGGCUGGGCCUCUCGCAGUGUGACCCUCAGAACUACUCCUUGUGAUGGCUUCUAGCCCCUUGUCCUCACCCUGGCACAUGCCCAUUCCAGGACCACAGAACCUUAGGGGUUAUUGUGAAUCCUUCUUAAGUGAUACCUGAUAUAAAGUAGCAUAUAUUUGAUUCCACCUAGGGCUUUUCUUUUAAUUUUUGUUUUUGCUAUAGGGUGCAUACACUCUCCAGAGAGAGAGGGGGGAAGAGAAAUCACCCCCUGGGGGUAAUGACCACACCACAAUCCCUUCCUCAUUCUCCUCUUAGGAUUUUGGGCAGGCAUACACACUGGCCUGGAGUGGUCAGGAUGAACUGUGCAGUUGGCCAUGUGGGAUCCAGAGCCUUCACCUCCACACCACCUGCUGGCCUUUUCGAUUCUUUGCAAGAAUUGACCUCCACACU